CGAACCCCGGAGCGCUCAGUGAGUGACCGCGACUUUUCAAAGCCCGGCCGCGCGCGCGCGCGAGUGAGCCAGCCAGCGAGCGGACAAGAACCCGGGACCAGCGCGCUGUGGGGGCCCCGAAACUUCUGCCCACCGCCCAGGCUAACCCCGCGUGAAGUCACGGACUGUUCUAUGACUGCAAAGAUGGAAACGACCUUCUACGACGAUGCCCUCAACGCCUCGUUCCUCCAGUCCGAGAGCGGCGCCUACGGCUACAGUAACCCCAAGAUCCUGAAACAGAGCAUGACCCUGAACCUGGCCGACCCCGUGGGCAGCCUGAAGCCGCACCUCCGGGCCAAGAACUCGGACCUGCUCACCUCGCCCGACGUGGGUCUGCUCAAGUUGGCGUCGCCCGAGCUGGAGCGCCUGAUCAUCCAAUCCAGCAACGGGCACAUCACCACCACGCCGACCCCCACCCAGUUCCUGUGCCCCAAGAACGUGACGGAUGAGCAGGAAGGCUUCGCCGAGGGCUUCGUGCGCGCGCUGGCCGAACUGCACAGCCAGAACACGCUGCCCAGCGUCACGUCGGCGGCCCAGCCGGUCAGCGGGGCGGGCAUGGUGGCCCCCGCGGUGGCCUCGGUGGCGGGCGGCAGCGGCAGCGGCGCUUUCGGCGCCGGCCUGCACAGCGAGCCGCCGGUCUACGCCAACCUCAGCAACUUCAAUCCCGGCGCGCUGAGCGGCGGCGGCGGGGCGCCCUCCUACGGCGCGGCGGGCCUGGCCUUUCCCGCGCAGCCCCAGCAGCAGCCCCCGCCGCCGCCGCCGCAGCCGCAGCCGCACCACCUGCCCCAGCAGAUCCCCGUGCAGCAUCCGCGGCUGCAAGCCCUGAAGGAGGAGCCGCAGACGGUGCCCGAGAUGCCCGGCGAGACGCCGCCCCUGUCCCCCAUCGACAUGGAGUCCCAGGAGCGGAUCAAAGCGGAGAGGAAACGCAUGAGGAACCGCAUCGCCGCCUCCAAGUGCCGGAAAAGGAAGCUGGAGAGGAUCGCCCGGCUGGAGGAAAAAGUGAAAACUUUGAAAGCGCAGAACUCGGAGCUGGCGUCCACGGCCAACAUGCUCAGGGAACAGGUGGCACAGCUUAAACAGAAAGUCAUGAACCACGUUAACAGCGGGUGCCAGCUCAUGCUAACGCAGCAGUUGCAAACGUUUUGAGGAGAGACUCUCGGGACUUAGAGACAACGGAGAGCAAAUAAUAACAGAGACAGAUUUGAGAACUUGACAGGUUGCGCCAGAGAGAGAGUGAGAGAGAUAAGAGAGAGGUGUCCGAGGACUAAAGCCAAGGGUAUCCAAGUUGGACUGGGCUGCGUCCUGACGGCGCCCCCAGUGUGCACGAGUGGGAAGGACUUGGCGCGCCUUGCCUGGGCACGCGGCCAGGGAGCUGCCGCCUGCGGGCUGCCCCGCUUUGCGGACGGGCAGUCCCCUGCGCGCGCGCACGCGCGCGCGCCCGAGCAGAAAGAUUGACUUUAACAUUGACCAAGAACUGCAUGGACCUAACAUUCGAUCUCAUUCAGUAUUAAAGGGGGGCGGGGGGUUCAAACUGCAAUAGAGACUGUAGAUUGCUUCUGUAGUACUCCUUAAGAACACAAAGCGGGGAGGGUGGGGAGGGGGAGGCUGGAGGGAGGUGUAUGGGGGCGAGGCUGCGCCCACCAAUGAACUCCUGGCCUCCCUCGUCAACGGUGUAUGUACAUAUACAUAUUUUUUUUAAUUUGAUGAAAGCUGAUUACUGUCAAUAAACAGCUUCCUGCCUUUGUAAGUUAUUUCAUGUUUGUUUGUUUGGGUGUCCUACCCAGUGUUGUUUGUAAAUAAGAGAUUUGGAGCACUCUGAGUUUACCAUUUGUAAUAAAGUAUAUAAUUUUUUUAUGUUUUGUUUCUGAGAAUUCCGGAAAGGAUAUUUAAGAAAAUAAAAUAUUGAAAAGUACCCCCCUCAAAAAAAAAACCUCUUUGCUGCAUUAUCUAUAGAUAAAAUUAUGUUAGAUUUCAACAGAGUUGCAAGGGUUGAGUGUCAAUUAUGGCAGUGCCUCAUGCUAUCAUGCAGUAAGAACUCUAUUCUCCCUUAGGCUUUAGAAAUAAAUGCAUCUGAUGUUAUAAGGUUAUCCACCUCCCUUCCCCAGUUAACUGCACUGAAUGCUUGGCAUAAGAUAGUAUGGUGUUUCAGAAGGCUGGAGGGGGGAGGGGCAGUGGUGAGGGGCAGUCUGCUGGGGAAUCAAACACUUCAAAGUUUUGGAUUGUAUCAAGUGGCAUGUGCUGUGACCAUUUGUAAUGUUAGUAGAGAUUUAACAGUAGCUGCUUAUUCUCAAAGCAGGGACUCAUGGCAAGUUUCACAAAAGAUGUAUCCUUCCAAUUUGGAAUUUUCACUUUGACAAUUCUUAGAU